AAUCCAUGCCAAGAAACGCCCUGUCGUAAUGGUGGCAAGUGCGUUUUGCAGGAGAACAGGCAGCAUUAUCACUGCGAAUGCAACAAGGGAUUUGGCGGAGAGAACUGCGAAAAGGUUCAUGGAAAUUGGUCGACCUGGACACCAUGGGAACGUUGUUCAGUCAAGUGUGGUGGAGGCGGCCAAUUUCGAUCAAGAACAUGUACAAAUCCUGCGCCAGCCAAUGGUGGUGAAAAUUGCACUGGGAAUGACAAAGAAUCAAGGAAAUGCAAUACAAACAAAUGCUGGGCAAAGAAUUGUGUUGAAGUGUUUCAAAAUGGUUACAAGCAAAGUGGAUGGUACAAUGUGUAUCCCGACAGUAAUGGUGGUUUUCAGGUUUACUGUGACCAGAAGACUGCAGGGGGAGGAUGGACAGUCUUUCAGAGAAGAAAAAACGGUUCGGUUGACUUUUACCGAGGAUGGGUCGACUAUAAGAAUUGGUUUGGAGAUCUUAAAGGUGAGUUCUGGCUUGGUCUUGACAAGAUCAACCGACUGACCCAAGCAAUACCAAACCGUCUGCGUGUUGACUUAGAAGAUAAACAAGGAAAACGUACUUAUGCCGAGUACGACAAGUUCGCAGUGUCUGGAGAAUCAAACAAGUACAAGCUGAGCGUUGCAUCAUACUCAGGUACAGCUGGUGAUCUAAUUACAUAUCAUAACGACAUGAAAUUCACAACCAAAGAUAGUGACAACGAUGAAUAUGGCGGCAACAACUGUGCUAUAGUUUACGAAGGGGCCUGGUGGUACAAGGCUUGCUAUCACUCAAACCUUAACGGCAAAUACUUUUUAAAGGGCACUAAUGAUGGCACCUUCUAUGGGAGUAGUUCUCUCAGAGGAUCUGAAAUGAAAAUAAAACCAGUGUAACCUGUAGAGGAUGGAAUUAUCGGCUAUAUAUUGUCCAACGGCAACGUUUCACAUAGUUUUUUAGGAAACAACAUUUAUAUCUGUUGUUCACGGCAAAUAGAAUGCUACUAGUUGCACCUUUGCAUAAUUUUGUUCAGAAGUACUAUCAGUCAUGCUAGUAUUUUUAACUUUUUUCAGUAUUGAAUAAGUCAUAAUGUGGAGGGUAUAGCUGAGCUAUUUUUCAGAGUCCCUCGCAACUCCCCGGUACACGUAUAUAUCUUGUAAUGUUUACUUAUGCAUGCAGUAAACAACCUAUUACUAAAACUUAAACCAACAAGGGGAGACUAAGUACAACGUUUAAAGUAUUUGGUUUUCAAUGCGCAUAUCCAUGCAUAUCUAUAAGUCUUAUUUUAGGCAUUGUGUCAAAGCUAUAUUCAGCACAGAAAAAAGUCAACAAUUGUACUUAACUAUUAUAUUCCUCAGAAGAAUAGACGGGGAAGGGAAGAGAAUGGAAGCUUCAGUUGCCAGUGAAGAAAAUUCUUGUGGAGACGAAAUCUUCCAUCACUUCCCCCAUCUUCAAUUGUCGCCUAUCGUCCAAAAAGAAAAAUCGCUUAUAUAUGAGCAUGUAUCAGCUAUUGUAAUUAAUAUCACUAUAAGUUACUGAAUAAGACAUAUCUUCUGUGUAGGUUAAAAAU